AUGGUUUUCGCAGGGCAACUCCAUUUCUCCCAAUUCAAAGCACCAAUUAUCCCUCGUGCUAUUGAUGACCCCGGACGAAAACUCAGGGUGGUUACUGUUGGUGCCGGCAUCUCUGGGGUGACGACUGCCAUCAGACUGCCGCAACAUCUAGGCAAGCACGUUGAUCUUCAGAUAUAUGAGAAAAACUCAGACAUUGGAGGCGUUUGGCUGGAGAACAAAUACCCUGGCGUUGCUUGUGACAUCCCAGCGCCGUGCUUCCAAUUUCUUUUCGAAAACAAUCCCAACUGGUCCAAAUACUAUGCCAGUGGCCAAGAGAUCUGUAGCUAUGUUCAAGGGGUUGCUCAGAAGUUCGGUGUUCGGAAGUACAUGAAAUUCAAUCACCGCGUCACCAACGCCGAAUGGAAUGAAGACGAAGGCAAAUGGCACCUCAUGAUCAAAGACCUGACAACCGACAAGGAGUUCCCAGACGUAGCCGAUGUGUUGGUCCUGGGGUGGGGGAUGUUGAACAACUGGGAAUGGCCUAAAGUCAAAGGUCUCCAUAGCUUCAAAGGACCAUACAUGCACUCGGCGAACUACGACACUUCCUUCGAUCCCACGGGCAAAAGAGUAGCUGUGGUAGGUGGCGGGUCCACUGGGAUCCAGAUCCUUCCACACAUCCAAAAGGUUGCCAGCCAUGUAGACCAUUACAUGAGGUCUCGCAACUGGAUUGCACCGAUCGGGUUCGGAGCCAUUGAGCUGGAGAAGCGAGAAGCGCUUAGUGAGGGUAACUUCGCCUAUACCGCCGAAGAAAAACGGCUCUUUAAUAGUAAUCCGGAUGAGUGCCACCGACACCGUCGAGAGGUCGAAGAGGCCAUGAAUGACUACAUGACAGAAUCUGGCUUUACCUACGGCACACCAAGACAGCAGGCCAUUCAGAAGUUGUUUGAUGAACACAUGAAGAAGAUGCUUGAGACCAAGCCGGAGAUUUUGGAAUCGAUGCUGCCCAGCUAUCCGCCCGGCUGUCGGCGCCUGACUCCUGGCCCCGGAUAUCUGGAGGCACUUGUACAGCCCAACGUCAACUUCAUCAACAAAGAGAUUGAUCACGUGGAAGAAAAGGGUAUUGUUACUGAAGACGGUGUACUCCAUGAGGUGGAUGCUAUCAUCUGGUGCACAGGAUUCAACGUAGAUUUUGUCAGUCGAUUCCCUAUGAAGGGUCGCAAUGGCGUCACUUGGGAUGAAGUGAUGGACCCAGAGCCAGAAUGCUAUCUCGGAUCUAUUCCGGAUCAGAUGCCGAACUGCCAUCUCUAUAUGGGACCGAACUGCGGAGCCGGGGCCGGAGGAUCCUACAUUGUGAUCGAAGGCGAAUGUGAACUCCUGGUAUCUUGUCUCAAAAAGAUGCUGAGGGAGAAGAUCAAGUCCAUGAGCAUCAAGCCGGAGCGUCUGAAGCAAUACGUGGCCCAUGUCAACUCCUACCUUUCAACCUCGAUUUUCGGCCAACCAUGCAAGUCAUGGUUUAAACGCGGCAAGGAAGAAGGGCGCAACCUCGCUUAUUACUGCGGCAAUGCUUUGAAUCUCCUGUAUGCUCAGCGACAUCCCCGAUGGGAAGAUUUCGACUAUACCUAUCUGGAUGAGAUGGAGGGUAACCCCAUGUCAUGGCUAGGGAACGGCUAUACGUUGGCUGACUAUUCUGGUGGAAGUCGGACCAAUUAUCUCGAUCCGGAAGAGAUUGAUUUUCCUCCGCUGCCGACAGAAGAGGAGGCGGAAGGGAAGAACGCGUCAGUGGACGAUAUGCCGCUCCGAGCGAAGCCGGUCGUGGGUGCGAAGUACAGUAACAUGCGGCCCUCGAGCAGCGUAGCUUCACUGCCUCAUCAAUCCGCGGACACGACCACUAGGUCUGCAGGCGCCGUACUGUUUGGUCGAGCCUAG